AUGUCACUCGUAAAAAUCUUAAAUUUCAUCGCAAUUCUCGGUUUUGUCAAAGCUCAAGUGCUUCCUGUGGUUUUGUGGCACGGCAUGGGUGACACUUGUUGUUCGCCAAACAGCUUAGGUCGUUUCAAGACAAUGUUGGAGGAGGAAAUGCCAGGCGUGUACGUGCUUUCGCUCAAAAUUACGGGAGACUCGAAAAAUGGCGAUAUUGAUUCGAGUUUUUUCAUUCAUCCAACGGAGCAGGUGAGGGAAGCAUGCAACAUCAUCGCUAAUGACACACAAUUACAAACUGGAUUCAAUGGAAUUGGAUUCUCGCAAGGCGGUUUAUUCUUUCGUGCUCUUCAACAACAAUGUUCAACACUGAAGAUGAUCAAUCUCAUAACGCUUGGAUCGCCUCAUCAGGGAGUUUUCGGUCUUCCAAAUUGCGAAGACAAAAAUCGUUGCUCCUUCUUUCGAAGUCUUUUGAAUCACGGAGCUUACUAUGGAUGGGUUCAAAAGCUUCUUGUUCAAGCAACGUAUUGGCAUGAUCCCUUGCACGAAGACAAAUAUCGAAAAUACAGCACUUUUCUCGCGGAUGUCAACAAUGAGAAUGAAAUUAACGAAGUUUAUGUGAAACGUUUAAAAUCUCUGAACAAAUUAGUGUUGGUUAAAUUUGGUAACGACUCGAUUGUAAAACCACGUGAAUCGCAAUGGUUCGGAUAUUAUCGCCCCGGGCAAGAUAAAGAACUUUUGACGAUGGAAGAGAUGCCUUUGUAUCAAGAAGAUCGUCUUGGCUUGAAAGCCAUGAAGGAAAGUGGGCAACUUGUAAUGCUCGAAACACCCGGAAAUCAUUUGGAAUACAGCAGAAUUUGGUUUUACGAGAAUAUUUUGCCGAUUUUGGCGGAAAAUAGUACGAAAAAUGACUUAAAAUAG